UUGAUAUAAAACUCUCUUCUUCAAGGACAGAGAUGUGGUCAAGGAUUCUUCUGAGUGUUGUCACCUUGAGCUGGAUUGUCGCAGUGUCUUCUGAACUUCAAUAUGUGCUGCUGGUGCCAACCGUGGUGCGGAGCAACUCUCCACAGACUGCUUGUGUGCAGUUUCAGAGUCUCCGUGAGCCUCUGUCUCUGAGUGUUGUUCUGGAAUACAGCAAUAUACAGACAACUCUCUUCGAGGAUUUUGUGACAAAAAAUGAUUAUUUCACGUGCUGCGACUUCAAGGUUCCUCCUGCUACUUCUGAUCCCCUGGCAUUCAUAUCCUUCUCUGCCAAAGGCAACACAGUCAACGUAACUGAGAGAAGAUCAGUGGCGAUUGAGAAUGUGCAUAACACUCUCUUCAUCCAGACAGACAAGCCUAUCUACAAACCAGGGCAAAAAGUGAUGUUUCGUGUGGUCACUUUGGAUAGCCAGUUCAGACCUGUUCAGGAGACAUAUCCCCGAAUCAUCAUUAAGGACCCAGAGCAAAAUCAGAUCUUCCAGUGGUUGGAUGUAUCAUCUAUGCAUGGCAUUAUCCAGCUUUCAUUCCCAUUAAUCGAGGAGCCAAUUCUAGGGUCCUAUCAUAUCAUUGUGGAGAAGAAGUCAGGGGAUAAGGAGCAUGAAUACUUCACAGUGGAGGAAUAUGUUCUGCCAAAGUUUGAAGUGACAACUAGCAUGCCCAGGAGGAUCUCUUUCUUUGAUGAAGAAAUCAGGGUGAAUGUUUGUGCCUUGUACACUUACGGCCAACCAGUGCAAGGGAUUGCCCGAAUCAAUGUGUGUCAGCAACACUUUUAUAAUCCACGAUGUCAGCAAAGCCAGAAACCAACCUGUGAAGCUGUCACUGGAUUGCUGGAAAACAAUGGUUGUCUCAGCACUGUUGUCUCCACCAAAACUUUUCAGUUGUACCGCAGCUAUACCAGGAUGUAUGCCAGCUUAAACAUAGAAACCAUCAUCACUGAAAAUGGGACAGGUAUCCAGAUGAAAAACUACGACUAUGUUGCAGUCAGCCAAGAAAAUGACAGAGUGAUGUUCAGGAACAUGGAUCAGUACUACAGGAGGGGAAUUCCUUACUUUGGUGAGAUCACUGUGACAAAUGCAGAUGGCAAGCCUGUUGCCAAUAGGGUUGUUGUGCUAGAGGUCAAUGGAGAAUACCAGGCCAACUAUACCACUGAUGAGAAUGGCACGGCAGCCUUUUCCCUUGACACAUCCAACUUCUUUAAUCCCAGUGUUAAACUGAGAGCCACACAAGCACCAGAUGACUGUGCAGAUUUCUUUAUGUGGAGAAAUGAUCAUGAGUCCCAAGCCUUAUUCUUUGUUCAUCGUUUCUACUCACGGACCAACAGCUUUGUGAGAAUUGAGCCAGUGAAGGAGAAACUAAGCUGUGGCCAGCAGAGAAUGAUUAAUAUUCAGUAUGUCCUGGGUAGAAAGGGCUACAAAAAUGCCACCCACACAGACUUCUACUAUGUGGUGAUGGCAAAGGGAAAAAUUGUUCUCAGCGGACAAAAGCAAGUGAGAAUCACUCAUGCUCCCUGGGGUACUUUUGCCAUUACACUGACUGUCACUGAGAAGCUCACCCCCAGUGCCAGAUUGUUGCUCUAUACGGUUCAUCCUAAUGGAGAGAUAGUGGCUGACAGCUCUUGGAUACACAGUGAUAUAUGCUUCAAAAACAAGCUCCAGUUUGAGUUCUCCGAGAAGCAGGCUCUCCCAGGCUCUAAAAUCAACAUCCGCCUUGAAGCUGCUGCCAACUCCUAUUGUGCCUUGCGAGCUGUAGAUCAGAGUGUCUUCCUUCUUCAGCCUGAGCGAGAGCUAUCUGCUGAGAGUGUGUACUACCGGCUUCAUUUGAGUGAUUUGUAUGGCUAUUAUUAUGAUGGACUCAACCUGCAAGAUGACCAGCCAGAGGAAUGUACCCCAGUCAAAACCACUUUUUUUGAAGGCUUGUACUAUGAACCUGUCAAUGUCAGCCAUGAUGGUGAUGUCUACAGGAUUUUCAUGGAGAUGGGCCUGAAGGUCUUCACCAACUCCAUGCUACGGAAGCCAGUUCUGUGCAAUGAAGACAAGUUGGAUCAGGAAGAUAAUCCUAUCUAUUUGGAUCAUAGUGCUAGUGGUGGCAGUGCCUUUGGCAAAGAACUUUCAAAGAUUACUGCUGCUGGUGCUGUUCACACUGUUAGGAAAUACUUUCCUGAGACCUGGAUUUGGGACCUGGUUCACACAAAUUCUACUGGAGAAGCUAAUAUCUGCUACACCAUCCCUGAUACUAUCACAGAAUGGAAAGCCAGUGCUUUCUGUUUGCAGGAUGAUGCUGGGUUUGGCAUCUCCUCACCUGUUUCACUGACAGCAUUUCAGCCAUUCUUUGUGGAUCUUGCCUUGCCAUACUCCGUCAUUCGAGGGGAAAGAAUUAAUUUAAUAGCCAACAUCUUCAACUACCUUGACAAGUGCAUCCAGAUCAGUGCCAUACUGGCAGAGUCAAGUGACUACAAGGUGGAAGUCCUUUCACCAGAAGUAAACACAGCAAGGGUGUGUGCCAAUGAAAGAAAAACUUAUAUUUGGGCUGCUAGGCUCCUCAGUCUUGGCGAGGUGAAAUUCACAAUUACUGCUGAAGCCAAACUGAAUACUAAAGCUGCCAAAAAUAGCACAAUAGCAGAAGAGGAGACAAUUCGCACGGACACCCUGACUCAAAUGCUACUAGUUGAGCCUGAAGGUGUUAAAAAAGAAUUGACUCAGAGCUCCCUCAUCUGUACAAAAGGCACAACAGUUUCUGAACCAGUGCUUCUCAACCUGCCAACAAAUGUAGUGCAGGGAUCAGCCAGAGUUUAUUUUUCUGUCAUUGGAGACAUUUUGGGUACAGCCUUAAGGAACAUGGAAAACCUCCUCCAUAUGCCUUAUGGCUGUGGAGAACAGAACAUGGCCUUGUUCACACCCAACAUCUAUGUCCUGGAUUAUCUGAAUAAGACUGGGCAGCUGACUGAAGAGAUUAGAGUCAAGAGUACUGGAUAUUUAACCACAGGAUACCAGAAACAGCUGUCGUACAAACACCAGGAUGGCUCCUACAGCUCCUUUGGGACACGAGACAAGGAAGGAAAUGUGUGGCUCACUGCCUUUGUAUACAAGUCAUUUGCACAAGCAAGACGGUACAUCUACAUUGAUGAAAACGUCCAGUCUCAAACUCUGAUCUGGCUGGCAAGAAAGCAGAAGGCAGAUGGCUGCUUUGAAAAUGCUGAGUCACACUUCAACAAUGCUUUGAAGGGUGGUGAAGAAGGUGAAUACUCACUUACAGCAUACAUUGUGGCAGCAUUGCUGGAGGCUGGACACUCUGUUCAGCAUCCUGUGGUUUGGAAUGGCAUGAACUGUUUGGAGACUGCAUUUAGCAAUGGGGUCCACAACCUGUAUAACCAUGCCCUCUUUGCCUACGUUUAUGGCUUAGCUGACAAACAGGAAAGGUACCAAUACUUUCUUGAAAAGCUGGACGAAAGAGCUACAAAAAAAGGUGGUUCAGUUUACUGGCAGAGAGAAAAUAAGCCACCAACAGAACAUUUCCAUGCUUUCUAUUCCCGUGCUCCUUCUGCUGAGAUUGAAAUGACCAGCUAUGUGCUUCUGGCUAUGCUCAACAAAGCUGAACUCACAUCAGAUGACUUAUCAUAUAUCUCUCGCAUUGUGUACUGGCUUGUGAAACAACAGAACCCAUAUGGGGGUUUCUCCUCCAGCCAGGACACUGUUGUUGCCCUCCAAGCUUUAGCCCAGUAUGGAUACCUCACCUUCACUAAGGAAAGUCAUAAUACAGUUAAGGUCAACUUCAUGGAAAUCCCCAAGACGGCUUUCCAGGUGAAUGACAAGAACCGCUUCUUACUGCAGCAAACUUCUCUACCCAUUGUUCCAGGGAAUUACAGUGUGGAAGUGUAUGGCACUGGCUGUGUCUAUAUGCAGACAACCCUGAGAUACAACAUCCAUUUACCAAAGAAAGCUGCAGGAUUUUUUCUCUCUGUAGAGUCAGCCAAUGUGUCCUGCACAAGCAACUUCCCACCAAAGUUUGACCUUGUCUUCUCUGCCAGUUACACAGGAAAUCGUAAUGUCUCUAACAUGGCUAUUAUUGAUGUGAAGAUGCUCUCAGGAUUUAAUCCCGAUAGAACUUCCCUGAAAAAGCUUCAAUACCAACCUUCUGUUGUGGAUCAUGUAGACAUCAAGAAUGACCACAUCUUCUUCUACCUUCAAAAGCUCUCCCAGAAAGAAGUCAACUUCUCCUUCAGUGUAGAACAAAGUCUGCCUGUGUCAGAUAUCAAGCCAGCACCAGUACAUAUUUAUGAUUACUACGAAACAGAUGAAUAUGCCUUUGCAGAAUAUAAAACACCUUGCUCCCCACCUUCCAACUGAAAUCAGAUAUGUGCCAGAAGUAAUGGGAUAGAAGAUAUCAGGCAAACAUUUGUAGAGGAAGAAGAUAAGAGACUUGGUUAUUUCUGAUGAGGGCAAUGGAAAGCAUGUAGAGGAAUAAGGAAUAAGCAAAUCCCAACUUUCAGUCUUUUAAAUUGACUUAUACUGACCCAGGCACCAAAAAAACCAAAACCAAAAGCAAAAAACCUUUGGAUCAGUGUGGAUCAUAAACUCUAAAUAAUGUGGGUUUCCUAAUAGGAGAGGGUCUGUGCAGCCAUCCACCUUUUUGGAAAUAUAUGCCAUAAUUUCAGUGGCAGCUUUAUGUAGAAGAAAACUCCUGAAACAUGCAUUCUUGGCUACAGAUUCCUCUUAAGAAACCUAACAUUUGGGGAAAAAUCUGCUGCUGCUGUUUUUUGUGGGUUUUUUUUUGUUUUGUUUUGUUUUGUUUUUUUUUUUUGUUUGUUUGUUUUUUGCUUUUUCUAUUCAUCCUGUGGAAAGACUCAAGAAAUGACAUUGAUUUCCACGUUUUUCUGUGAUUGAACUUGGGGAGUAUUUCUUGCAGAUGUUAAAUUUCUGGUCAUAGGAAGACAACUUUUACACAGUUUUUGCUUCCAACUACAAAGAUCAUCUCCAGUUUAAUAUCUCAUAUUUUACUGUUCCUUGAAAUAAAAUGUUCUGAUUGGUAAUACUGUUUUUCUCAGUCAUCACUCUUUGUUGUGUGGGUGCUAUACGAUUUUUCAUUAAAUAAAAACUCACACCAUUCAUAGGCCAACCAUUGACAUCUUGACACCAGUGACAUCUUGCGACACAAAGUAUCGAGGCUUUGGCUUCUGUGAUGGAAACUUUAUUGCCAAAGCGUGAUAGUGUAGAAGAAAACAGAGAUGCAACACAGGAAGUCUUUUGAGAAUGUUUUAGGGAGGAACAGUGAAUUUGUGUUUGGAGAGAGAAAAAUGAGAGCCACAGGGAACUUAAGAUGAGGCAGGGGUGAACUACAAGAGAUUUCCUGUCAUGUUUUCUUCAUUUAAUGAAUGAGUACAGCGGACAGCCACACAAUGUGGCUACUGCCCCUCACUGUCUACGGUAACCAGAAAUGACCUUUGUCCUGACUAUCCCACACUGGUGAAAGGACAUAGCGUAUCCAUAACAAUGUGAGUAUAAAUCUGCCAGUUGAAUUAUAUCACUGAAGUAUAUCACAGGGUGCCAAACACUGACUUGCUGAAUGCAGUUUUCUGCAAGUCCAGACCUGCGAUAGGGUUUGUGUCCUUCAGCAUGGGCUGGAUUAUUACAGCUUUCUUUGAUUUAGUCCAUGGUUGUCCAACCUUUUGACUUGCCUGGGCCACAUAUAAAAUAUAUAAUAAACUUAAUGUAUAUAAGUAACAAAA